CUCCCGUGAGUCGCGGGGAGUCCACAAAUCGUCUUCAAUCCGUCGCGGUUAUCACGAAUAGCCCCGCCCCCUAAAUUUGUUUAUUUACCUCGAUUGAUUUUGAGAAAAAAAUCAAUCGCCCGUUCAACUCAGUGGAGAUUUAAUCAAUGAUUACGGAAUUACGACGAAGUAUCGAUAAGUGAAUGAUAGUUAUCUAAUAAAUGGGAGCAGUGCGAGACUGAUUGAUUUUUGUAUCCUUUAUCGAUCAGUACAAUUGCCGAUGUGAUAAGAAUUGUUAUUUAUUUGGUGGACAUUCACGUGGAGACUUCAAUCGUCGAUCUACUCACGGUUGCAUUUGGCUAGUGGAGCCGACACUGGUUCGUCGUACUCGGUCUUUUGAGGUGUUUUUAUUGUCAUCGAGAGGAGAUUUUCCAUCCGUCGAGGACACCUGUGAUUUAUUGAACACGAGCCGACGACGUUUCAGUUCUACUGGAGUUACAGAAAUUGGAAAUUUAAAAUGUGGAAAAAAACUACAGAGAAGGAAAAUCCCGGGAAUCAGAUGAAGGAGUUCAGCAGCACAACAAAGAUUGCACCGGGACAAAUUGGGGAAUACCACGAGAAGGAUGAACUUUAUGACCCCUUUGAGAAUCGCGAUAAGAAGGAUGCGAAUUCUGACUUGGGCUCGCUAGCGCACAUGAUAAAAUCGUCCCUGGGUACGGGCAUACUUGCUAUGCCAAAUGCUGUGAGAAAUGGUGGUCUUCUUUUUGGUGGAAUUGGUACUAUCAUCAUCGGUAUCGUUUGCGCCCACUGUGUUCACAUACUCGUGAAAUCGUCCCAUGUUUUAUGCAGGCGAACUAAGACACCGAAGAUGACGUAUGCCGAGACAGCGCAGGCGGCUUUUGCCUCGGGGCCCAAACGUCUCAGGGGUUUUGCGCCUUCUAUGAAAGUACUUGUCGAUGCGGCACUUUGUGCCACUUACAUCGGAGGCUCUUGUGUCUAUGUGGUUUUUAUAGCAACGUCCGUUAAACAGGUGGUUGACUUCCACGCAGGUAUGGACAUAAACAUAAGGCUCUACAUAAUAGCGCUGACCCCGGCAGUAAUUCUCCUCGUGCAGAUUAGAAAUUUGAAGUACUUGGUGCCCUUCUCAAUCCUCGCGAAUCUCUUCAUAAUGGCAGGCCUCGCAAUGAGCCUUUACUACGUCUUCAGUGACCUCCAACCCAUCAGCAGUGUCAAAUACUUCUCCUCGGUUGAGCAGUUGCCCAAGUUCUUUGCCACCGUGAUCUUCGCCAUUGAAGGAAUCGGUGUUGUAAUGCCCGUGGAGAAUAGUAUGCAGAAACCACAACAUUUCCUGGGAUGCCCAAGUGUUUUGAAUAUCACUAUGAGCAUUGUUAUAUUCCUUUAUGCUACUAUGGGCAUCUUCGGGUACUUGAGAUAUGGAGAGGCGACUGAGUCAAUAAUCACACUCAAUUUGGAUAUUAAAGAAGUAAUGGCUCAAGUAGUAAAGAUCCUCAUCGCGCUGGCGAUUCUCUUCACUUACGCUCUCCAAUACUUCGUGCCACUCGAGAUCAUGUGUGCGUCAGUGAGGCCAAGGUUCAGCCACAGAUUCGCCACCGUCGGAGAAUCCUGCUUCCGAACUUUCAUGGGUUUAGUCACAAUUGCUGUGGCCCUAGCAGUCCCCAACCUAGAGCCCUUCAUCUCCCUAGUCGGUGCAAUAUUCUUCUCCUUCCUGGGGAUAUCCAUCCCCGCAGUAGUCGAAACGAUCUCCUGCUGGGAGAACCACCUGGGCACCUUCUACUGGAGGUUAAUCAAGAACAUUUUCCUCCUCGCAUUCUCCAUCUUCGCUCUCUUCACCGGUACCUGGGUGUCCCUCGUCGACAUAAUCAAAAGUUACUCUGGUAACUCAACAGCACACGCGUAAAGCCUAUUCGCAUCACUCGAGUGACGCGGAAACCAGUGAAUUGCCACCAGUGUCAACCCCGAGAACACUUUCAGCUUGAGCCAUUCAAAGUCUCGGGCGCAAUUGCAACUGGUCGACAACUGGUCGAUCUGGUUCCCUGGGGGAUAAUCUCACUGGAAUGCCACACCACGUGGAUAACGUGGGUAAGUGAUCUGGUAAUACAUUUGGUUGUCAAUGAGGCAGGCUUUCAUGAUCAGCCAGAUUCCCAUGAAAAGGGGUGGCCAACUGAGAAACGAACAGAUAUUGAGAAGACGAUGAGAGUUUAUCACGCUUUUCAUUUGUUCUAUUGUUGAAACACUCGCCUGGAAACAAUGGAAAUUCAUUCAGAAUGUUAUGAUGAAAGAAGACAAGGAAGGAAUCUUGAUGCUGAUGAUUUGUUCAUUUAUUCAUGAUUGACGUGAGGAUGAACGUUGCGUCGAUCUUCGCAGUUUUAUCAGAAAAUAUAUUAUGUUAAUUCAAUGCAAGGAAAAACCACAGUGAUUCUAAUCUUAGGUAUGAUUGAGGAAUGCGAGAUGAGCUAGUUUGCACUGAGACGUGGGAAAUCGGGGAAUUUCCACUUGGAUUUUGUUUUGGAUCUGAUAAGAGUGAUGGACUCACCUCUUCGGCCCAGAGAAUCGGGAAAUAACCGUCGGUUACGUUGGUGAGCCAUGGGACAGUUGGUAUGCUGGACAUCUUCAUGUUGAGCUGGAUUUUCUUGGAGCCUGACAAGGGGACUCCUGUGAAGGGCUCAAUCACUACGAAGGUUGCGUGCUUUUCAUGGAUGGGAUGGAGGCCUUGAGCGUAGUCCAGAAGUUCCGAUGAUGCGUGGAGGAAGUGGGGCUCGGAGAAGAUUAUCGGGACUUCCUGGAGAGGUCAACGGGAAACUCUUGAUGAUGUUGAUAAUGAUUCUUUGGGAGUAGACAUCGAAAGUAAUUUGAUUCUCGAUCAAAAGGAUUAUAUGUUGUAAAUCCAGACAAGUUCCUCAACUUCUGAACCCUCACGGAGAAAAAAUUUGAGAAAAAUUACGUGAGAGAUUGUAAAAGAGAUGCGAAAUGCUCUUUCGGGAAUUUUCACGUAAAAACUCGGAAAAAAAUAAGCAAAAAAUACAUUUUCACUCGUGAGUUCUCGAAAUUUUAUGGAUCGAAACGUAAUUUUUACGGGUUGAUAUGUAAUUAUUAUAUGACACUGCAUAAAAACUCGUGGAGAACAGUGAUUUCUGCGAAUCUGCAGCGAUACAUCGCAAUUACGCUCAACAACGUAAUUUUUACGUUAUUUCCAUGGUACUUUGUCCACAACAUUCUUCUCCGUGGUGAGGCUACUAAUUUUUAGAAGUAGGAGUUGGAGUGAUUAACAGUGACAGAAGUAUGUGUCGGUCUCAGUCGCUGAGAAGUUGGAGAGUAGAGAAGGUAAAGAGAAGUGAUGGUAUAGGGGGAGCCGGGGGAUAAUGGAGAUAGCUAGAUUUUAAAAAAAAGGUGAUUGACCAGUGGGUGUGUCAUUAAGGUGUUUCAGUUGAAAAGUCAAAGUAAUGAACAAAAAUUGUAAAAUUCGUGGGAGAAAUUUCUAAGUAUGCGGCAUCAUUGAGAAUUCUUGCUGUUUUUUCAGAUCUCAGUUUCAAGAAAAAAAUCAUGAAAUUUGGAUGUUUUUGUAACCCGUCCAGCUACAACCUCCGAGGUUACUCCACUCUCAAUUAGAGAAUUUUCCAUGGCAGACAACAAAAAUAAUGAACUAUUGAGGAAAAACUAGUGGGUGAUCAAUCAAAUCUUUCUUGA